UACAGAAGGAAAUAACCAAAAUGGUGCUGUAUACAUGAUUUCGUAAUUUUUCGGAUAUUUUGGAACUUUCAAAGUGAUCUGUGAUAAACUUUAAAGAUGUCGCGUAUCACAAAUGUGAUUCCAUACUUUAUUAUUCUAAUUUUAUAUCAGCUCAUCUUAAUAACUUCUGCUGAUUUUAUUGUCUCAUUAGACACGAGUAAUUUUAGAAGAUCUAAUUUAAAUUUAGACCAGACUGUCACAUGUGAAUCAGGAAGAUGUGCUGGAUUAUUAUAUUACUGUAUUCAGACAGCAGGUGCCCUCUCUACAUCAAAAGAAGUGUGUUCUUAUGGAUAUAAGCAUGUUGCCACAGGAGAUGCAGUAUUAAAUGCACCCAGUUCCGGAGACUCAAUACCAAUUAGGGGAAGUUUUCGACCAAUAUCAAUAAGAAUAGAAGUGUUCCACCAACAGACAGAUAAAGAUGCUAUUAAAUUAUUAACCUACAGAGUUGAGUUUAAAGAAUCCAUGAAUAACUAUCAGGAUUGGUAUCCGGUUAACCUGGACGAUGCUGUUAUUCAAGAAGAUGUUUCCAUAGUUCAAGGUUUAGCACCUAUUUAUAUGAAGAUAAGUUGUAGUGGUAAUUAUUAUGGAUCAGAUUGUUCUGUAUAUUGUUCAACAUACAAUGAUAUCCAUAAACACUGUAGAAGUAAUGGCACUAAGGUCUGUGCACCUGGUUGGACUGGAGAUAACUGUACCACAGCUGUACCAGUUGAAGAAGUUAACACUGUUGAAGAUGAAGGUGAAUCUUUACGACGGAGUAAGAGACAGAUAGAUAAUCCUUGUAACAGUGCGCCGUGUAAAAACGGAGCUACGUGCGACCGACUGAACGAGAACGAUUACGCCUGUAUAUGUUAUAUAGAUUAUACUGGAGAAUUUUGUGAUAGAGGUAUUGAUGAUUGUGAGAGCAGUCCUUGUAAGAAUGGAAUUUGCAUUGAUAACAUAGGUUACUUCAACUGUUCCUGUUACUUUGGGUAUACUGGGUCACUUUGUGAAACUGAUAUACAGGAAUGUAGCAGCAACCCAUGUCUCAAUGGUGCCACGUGUUCAGAAGAAAGAGUAGGAACGUUCCGAUGUAUUUGUGCUGAAGGGUUCACUGGGAAGAGAUGUGAGAUUGAUAUUGAUGAAUGUACUGUGUUCAGUCCAUGUUGGAAUGGUGGCGAAUGUCUCGAGGGACCACCAGGCAAUUAUACCUGUAUCUGUCCUAAAGGCUUUGGUGGUGUUCAGUGCCGUAUAGAUAUCAAUGAAUGUGAUCCUAACCCGUGUUCUAAUGGUGGAACCUGCUUAGAACAGGCACCAGGAGAGUUUGUCUGUAGAUGCCCAAUUGGUCUUCAAGGAGAAUUCUGUGAAUUGGACACAGAUGAAUGUUUCCCGGUCAACCCUUGUCAAAAUGGCGGAGUAUGUUCUAAUGGUCCUAGAGGAGUAUAUAUCUGCAGGUGUCCCGAAGGUUUCGAUGGCCAAGACUGUGAGAAUGAGGUUGACGAAUGUAAAUCGGCUCCUUGUAUGAAUGGCGGGACGUGCAGAAAUACAUCUCCAGGAAACUUCGCUUGCACGUGUGCCGAAGGUUUUACUGGUGAACGAUGUGGUACAGAUAUUGAUGAGUGCCAAGUUUUACAGCCUUGUAGGAAUGGGGCGACUUGUCAGCAGGGAAUCCCUGGUACAUUUACCUGUCUAUGUCCAAUUGGAUUCCAAGGACAGGUCUGUGAUGAAGAUAUAAAUGAAUGUGCAGCAGCACCUUGCAAAAAUGGCGGAACCUGCUCAAACAGUAACAAACCUGGCGAAUUUAUCUGCCAAUGUCUCCCAGGAUACAAUGGCGUAACCUGUGAUGGAGAAAUAGACUUCUGUAACAGACGGCCCUGUCAAAAUGGCGGAAGCUGUAUUCAGAAUCAACCAGGAACGUAUAACUGUAUCUGCAUAAGAGGCUUCACUGGUAAAAACUGCGAAUCUGAUGUUGAUGAAUGUCUUUCUCAACCUUGUAGAAACGGAGCAACAUGUAGUCAGCCAAUACCCGGAACGUACCAAUGUGAUUGUGCUAAAGGUUAUAAUGGUACACAAUGUGAUAAUGAUAUAAAUGAAUGUGCGAGUGGACCUUGUUUAAACGGUGCUGUAUGUAAUCAAGGUCGACCGGGAUCAUUCAUCUGUUCCUGUAGACCAGGGUACACUGGUAUAAUCUGUGAAGCUGAUAUUAUAGAAUGUAACUCACAACCAUGUCAGAACGGUGGAACAUGUAAAGAACCACAACCUGGAAUGUUCCAAUGUCAAUGCCCUACCAAUUUCAGAGGCAGGGUAUGUGAAGCAGAGAUUGAAGCCUGCUCCUCCCAGCCAUGUCGUAAUGGUGGAUCUUGUGAAUCACUAGCUGGUGGCAACUAUAGAUGUACCUGUCAGCCUGGUACAACAGGAUCUCAAUGUGAGGAAGAUAUCGACGAAUGCGCUGAAAAUCCUUGUUUAAACAGUGGAACCUGUUCUCAACCUAAACUUGGUGAUUUCUUCUGCUCUUGUCCUGAUGGUUAUUAUGGCAAGAGAUGUGAUGUUGAUAUUGAUGAGUGUGAAGUGUUAAAACCAUGUUAUAAUAAUGGAACAUGUAAAAAUGGUGAUCCGGGAGAGUAUGAAUGUACAUGUUCUCCUGGUUUUAGAGGUGAUAACUGUGCUGUGGACAUCAAUGAAUGUGUUCCCAACCCCUGUCUGAACAGAGGUAAAUGUAUAGAAGGAGCACCAGCAACCUAUAAUUGUACGUGUGCUGAUGGGUACUUUGGAGCGAGAUGUCAGCAAGAGGAACUUUGUCAUAAUAAAUGUCAGAAUGGAGGAACAUGUGAGGAGAUAACAGAAAGCGACUAUAUCUGUUACUGUGUACCAGGGUUUACUGGUAGAAAUUGUCAAGUUAAUAUUGAUGAAUGUACAGUCAAUCCUUGUCAACAAGACGGUCUAUGUAUUGAUGGAAUUAACAACUAUUUCUGUGCUUGUAUGAAAGGAACAACUGGUAAAUUUUGUGAAACUAAUAUUAAUGACUGUUCACCCACUCCCUGUUUAAAUGGUGCUAAAUGUACAGACUGGACUGAUGAUUAUUACUGUACUUGUCCUAAUAAUUACGCUGGUAAAAACUGUGAGAAAUCAGAACCUGGUGCUGUGUAUGUAGCGUGUGCCAGGAACCAAUGUUUAAAUGCUGGAAUGUGUUGGCAGAACAGAGACGGUUCCUUUAGAUGUGAAUGUCCUAAAGGAUUUUCUGGUGUACGUUGUGAGAUCAAUCUAAAUGAUUGUGGAUCACGACCAUGUAAAACUGGCGCCAAGUGUUACGAUUGGAUUGAUGAUUUUUACUGUUACUGUCCAACAUGGACAUAUGGAAAAUACUGUGAUAAUAUAACAACUAUACCAGUAACAACAGUGGCUCAACCACAGUUUGGUACCGCUCGGUAUGGUAUCAACCCCCUAACUUUAGCUAUAUUACUAGGUAUAAUAUUUGGUAUAGUCUUUAUACUGUUCCUGGCUGGGGUUAUAUGGUUUUAUUUAGGAAGAAGAGGACCUAAAGAUUUCUGUUUUGCUCUACCAUCUUCUAUGUAUAAUAAACUUUAUGACUGGCAUGAAAGUACAUUUAGUUCUGACAGAUUUUAA